AUUGAGUCCGCGUCUGGAUCCGCAGAGAGAAGAUAAAAAGAACCACAGGAGGAGGUUAAGUCAUGGCUGGAAGGAGGAGAACCAGUUACUCCGGUGUGUGCGUCACAACCCUGCUGGCUGUGAUUCUGCUGCCUGUAUUCUUGUCUGCUGGACCAAUUGUGCAAAAGCCGAAAGGAGAUGUGGGAGACAGUAUCCAGGAGACGUCGACUGCUGCAGAGUUACACAGGCGGCUGAUCCGCAACCGCAGGAACAUCAGCUGGUACAAACAGAACUCUGACUACUGGGGCUGGUACAAGUACUUCACCGACAACGGCAACCAGGAGGCAGUUCAGGAAAUGGACCGCAUCUACCUGGCCUACCUCCAGAACAAGAACCGUGCUGAGGCACGUCGCUCCCACAAGGCCUACUUGCGCCACCUGGGAGAGGUCUACAAGUCCUGCUCCGAAACUGAUGACCCCAACUGCGUGUCUUCCUACACUAGCCGGGCAAAACCUAAGCCAGAGGCCCCCAAACCUGCACCUGUGAAAACCUGUGACCCCACGAAGGACGCCUACUGCCUGUAUGCUGCUUUGGUACAGGGCAAAAGCCCCUACCUGCCUCUGGUGCUCUCAGCUGCCACCCAAGCCCCAGCACCAGUGAAGGCCCCAGCCCCUCAGUACGUCCGUUCUGCUGCUCCAGCGAAAGACCCGCAGUCUGGGUAUUACUACUACGCUCCAUCGACAGUGCCUUUGCUUUCCAAGGAGCAGAAGGCUGAGCUUCUGCGUAUCUGCUCCUCUGAUGACGUGGAGUGUCUGCAGUACCACCUGAGAGGGGCCCACGGGUAUGCUCCCUCUGCCGGACCAGUGCCUUCCUACGCUCACCUCGGCUGUGACCCCAAGAAAGACCCCAACUGCAAACCCCAAAUGGUGCAGAAGGCCGCUUCUGGUCUCUACCUGCAGUACCCCAACUGUGAUCCACGGGAUCCCCGCUGUGCCCACGCUGCCUCCCUUGUGGCGCCUCGUGCCCCUAACCCCCCUGCCGCUGCUGGCCCUGGAUCCUGCAACCCUCUUUAUGAAGAAGGCUGCAACCCUCUUACUGCCACUAAAUACGCCACACCCCCUGACGCAUACAAAAAUGAGGAAGAAUCUGAGGCUGCUGCCAUUCGUGCUCCUCCUUCUGCUGUGCAGAACAACGACCCCUAUGCCAUGUUUAGGGAUGCUUAUGCUAAUGCUAAUAGAGUCAAUGAUCCCUAUGCCAUGUAUCGCCAGGCUAGCGCCCCGGCUUCUCCACCAGCUCCUCCUGCAGCUAAUGAUCCAUAUGCCAUUAUUCGCCAAUUCAUGGCCCAAGCUCAAGGUAAUGACCCACAUGCUCCACCAAUGCAGGCUGCUCCAGAGUCCAACCCCAACGAUCCCUUCUCUGCAAUCCGUGAGGCGGCGGCUGCUAUGCAUCGCCGUGGCCCUCAAUCCCCCAGGCAGCAAUUGCCUUUUUCCAAUCCCAAUUAUGAAGAGCCUGCCCAGGACGAGCGCAACCCUCUUGGCCCCCCAGGUAAGACCAAAGAGGGCUAUGACUGCUUCAUUGGCUACGAUCGUGAAUGCUACCCUGUGAAGCCCAACGAGCCUCGUUCUGGAAUUCACCGCCGCAUCCCCUACCCUGCCGAAGCCUACGAGCCCCACCUGAAUGCCGACGGCACUAGAAACGGAGUCCUGGAGCCUUCCAACCCACACUGUGACCCUGAGUACGACCGUGACUGCCGCCUGCGCCGCUAUGAGACUCAGCCCGAGGCCCAGCCUGAGCAUCACGCCGAGGAGGACCACAACCAGGGGGCAGCAGAGAGCGAGCUGCAGCCGGAGCAGCAGGAACAGGAGCAGUACGAGGCGGAGCCCUACCAGAGCGGCCAGGAGGAGCCUCAUAUGCCCUACCAGCCACUCUCACAGGGUAUGCCCAGCCUCCAGGACAUACUGAGGCGCUACGGCGACCAGUACCCCGAGCAGGAUGAUCACAGAGCCUAUGCAGAUGACUACCGCAAGAAAUAAACAGGCUCACACACACACCUGGACCAGAUAUGGGACAUGAGAGAAGUCUAUGGACCCAAUGAGUACAUGCACAUACAUCCACACAUAGAUUCCAGCUGCAGGAGCUUGCUCAGAAAGCCGAGUGUGUUCCAGCGAUGUUUUCAUCUCUUUAGCUACUUUAGACCUGUUGCUUUGGCCUAUUGCUUUCUGGUUUCCACCUCCACUCCAAUGUGUAAUGCCUCGUCAAUGCUCAGCUUUGCUUCUGUAUCUAUGAAUCCCACUUUUUAUUUGUAUUUGUUCGUUGCUUUUUGUCAUUGAUGGAUUAUGUAAAGAUUUUUUUGAUUUUGAUUUUUUUGAUUUUUAAUGU